AUGCCUCCUCUGUCGGCGUACACUCCGUUUGAGUCCCUGCUCUUCUUCCAAUCGCUGGCUACGUCCGAUGUGCGCCCAGCGAGCUUCGCGUCCAUCUCGGCGCUUUUGAGCAACAAUCCCCAUGUGCGCCAGCAUGUGGCGUUCAGCGCCGAUCGUCUCAGCCCGGAAGCUUUAGAAGAUCUGUAUGCGACUUUGUUGCGCGAUGGCUUUGAUCGUGAAAGCGGGCUCAAUGGACGGCCGACCGACAGCUCCGGGCCGAGCAACCCGAAGAAGCGCAAGAUCUCGAGUCCUCGACCUGACGGCCUUUCGGGCGGAGCCGCUCACGCCAUUCUGGUGCCAGAGCUUGUCGCACAUCUGUACGCCGGGUACAAGGAACUAGUGACGAAGGAGAUCAGAGAGGACGAGAGACGGUACACCCAAAUUAAGGAUGAAAUCGAACGACUUCAGAAAGAGGGAGCCGGCGCGACUGCAGCACCGACGGUUGACGCAAAAGCGCUGCCAGCGCUGCCGAUGGAUAUCGACGUGAAGCAGGAAAAGCCGCAGCCCGACGAGUCUUUGAAGUCAACUGCUCCACAUAUGAGACCAGCAGAGGAGUCCCGCGGGGAUGAACCUGUCUUGGGACCGUCUCAGUCUGCCCAAGCGGGCGAACCAGCUGCAUUGGACGUUACAGAACAAGGCACAGGCGCACCUGGCAAAGCUGAACCGUCGACCGAGCCAAACGGCCAGAAGCCGACGCAAGCUCCCAUCCCACCACCACUAGCUCCACGGACCCAACAAACAGUUCCGGGGACGCCAACAGCACCAUCUUCCGCAGUACCUCACCCCUCACAGCUUGCUCCCCGUCCUAUUAUCUCCACACCGAUGAACAAGGCAGGCAACGAGCCAACUCCGACCCAAUCGAGUUUCCAGCAAUGGCAGCUUGAACCUCCUCCCCACUCCCCAUACUCCGCUGUCUCUCCAACCGCUACAUCCCAUGUUGGCUCGGCAAAUGCCAAGCAGCCUCAAAAUCCUUCGCAAGUUCCGUCGCGGAAACAAUCCAAGACCUCCACCUCUUCCAACGUCCCAAGCACCCCAGGUGCGGCACCUUCAGGAACACAGACCCCUGUUCCUAUCGGUUAUCCGCAAAUCUCUCAGACCCCGAGUGUGGUCAUUCCUUAUUCAGAGACUCGCGCUUCACGUCCACGUCUUUCCAUCGACACCCCCGGCUCAUGCACGCCGUGGAAACGAACACCGCGGUUGAGCAUCCCGCACUCACCAACAUCGCCUCCUCGACCACGACCGGAGGAUGUCAGUCCAAUCAGCGAGAGGGGUUCGUCCCCUGAUGCACUGGAAUCCUCACGCCCACGUGAGAGAAAAACGCGACGAGGUCAAGCCUCUGCAGACAAAGCUGGCCCAACUGUCAAGACAGAGCGGGCCUCGACAACUCGGAGAAAUCGUGCCAUCAGUUCUGCCUCCACUCACAGCCGUGGGCGUUCCUUGGCUUCCCGUGAAGCGUCACCCGAUGAAACCGAGCGCGAUUCUCGAGCUGGACGUCGCAAGGGCGCUGCUGCGAGUGUCGAAGAGUCAGCCACCAAAUCACGGUCUAAGCGCAAGCGCGGUGCGAGCGAGCCCAUCGAGGAGCCUGUUCUACCAGAACCUCCCAAGGUCGAUACAACACGAUAUGUCGUGUGUACUCGUGGUUUCCAUCGGACGGCGGCCCCGAUCUUGAACGAUGUCACUACCCAUAAAUUGGCCUCUAUCUUCGCCAAGCCACUAGGAGAGCGCGAUGCUCCCGGGUACCACGAUCUCAUCUAUCGCCCGCAAGACCUAAAGAGCAUCAAGUCAUCUGUGCACCAGGGCAGCAAAGCUGUCGCUGCCGCAACGGAGGCAGUUAGCACUCCUGCUGGGGAUGGCGAAUCUCCCGCUCCCGUGUCUGGCACGCCUACUAAGAACAAUGUCCUGAUGCUCCAGAAGAGUGAGGACCUCCUUCCUCCCAGAGGUAUUGUCAAUUCCGCGCAAUUGGAGAAGGAGUUCGUCCGGAUGUUCGCCAAUGCAAUCAUGUACAACCCCGUUCCCGAACGAGGAUUCGGCCCCGCUUUCCCCAUGAUCAGCGAGCGUGGUUCACGCGAGAGCACGCAAUCCAGUGACGGGGACGAGGGCGGUAUCAUCCAGGACUCCCGGGAGAUGUUCGAGGAUGUCGAGCAAGCGGUGACUCGCUGGCGUGCAGCCGAGCGGACGGCCGAUGAAUUGGCCAACAAGAACGUCUUCUCCCUUCGACGCGGAAGUGUGAGUGAUUUCAACACGGACAGCGCGGACGACGUGAAGGGUUGA